AUCGUGGUAACACUUUUUGAAAUUGCCUUAUAUCAGACCGGCCCAAAUACUAUAACACUCUUUAAACCCAACCCAAACCUAAAAAGCCUUUUACGACGGACGUUGGUUCUAUCAUUCCUCGUCCUCCUCCGCCGCCGCGAUCGCUCCCUCGUCUCCGUCAAUUAGUUUCUUCUCCAAAGAAAAAGAAAUGCCAAAGGUGAAGACAAACAGAGUAAAGUACCCAGAAGGGUGGGAGUUGAUCGAGCCUACUCUUCGUGAGCUUGAUGCCAAGAUGAGAGAAGCUGAGAUGGAUGAACAUGAUGGCAAGAGAAAGUGUGAAGCCUUGUGGCCAAUCUUCAAACUCUCUCAUCAGAGGAGUCGCUAUGUUUAUGACCUUUAUUACCGCAGGGAGGAGAUAUCUAAAGAGCUCUACGACUUCUGCUUGGACCAGGGCUAUGCUGAUCGUAACCUCAUUGCCAAGUGGAAAAAGUCAGGAUAUGAACGUCUAUGCUGCUUGCGAUGCAUACAGCCAAGAGACCACAACUAUGGAACAACAUGUGUGUGUCGUGUUCCCAAACACUUGCGUGAAGAGAAAGUUGUUGAAUGCGUCCAUUGCGGUUGUCAAGGAUGCGCCAGUGGCGAUUAAUCUUUCUCUCUUUUUUUGAAAACCCCUCACUGUUGCUAUGUUCUAUAUCUUGUCAGAUGUGGAUUAUGUACCCUGAAGUCCCUGUCUAAAUUCCUUUUGCAAAACUUCUACUUUAUCAACAUUCUUGUGUUGUUUGAAAUCGCAAAGACGUUCCUCGGUUGGUAUGUAUAUGAAUUAAGAGAAUGGUUCUCGGUUA